GCAUUUCCUGAUGCACAGUGACUGUCGCGCACAGAAACAACGUUAGCGUUGACAUUCAUUGACCUUAUAGUUUCUUUAUUUGGUUUCCCGUUCAAUGUUGCUGUGAUUGGGUUUAACACGGAGGGGUGACUGUCUUAACGGUCUCAGUUCAUUUUUUUUUCACGGACUCCCGUCAGCCGUCUCACCACCACCAUGCGUCUGACGCUGCAAACGCUGAUCUCCCACGGGCGGGUGGCGCGGAGGAUGGGCCUGGGUCCCGAGUCCAGAAUCAACAUGCUGCGGAACAUCUUAACCGGACUGGUGCGACACGAGAGGAUCGAAACCACGCUGGCCCGGGCCGAUGAGGUCCGUUUUUACGCAGAAAAGCUGAUUGACUAUGCCAAAAAGGGAGACACUGAUGAAAAGGCAAUGAAAAUGGCUUCUUUUUGGCUGACAGAAAAGGAUCUAGUCCCAAAGCUGUUUAAGGUCUUGGCUCCACGCUUUGAGAAGCAUUCUCAGGGCUUCACACGGAUGGCCCGCCUUCCUAACAGGGAGAACCUGGACAGAGCUAAGAUGGCUGUUCUGGAGUACAAAGGGAACCCCUUUCCACCGCUCUAUCCUGUGAAAAAGGAGAAUGAAUUGACUCUCAUCAACCAGCUGCUCAAAGGCUACAGAGAAGAGAAGACACAGGAGCUGGCUGCAAAGAACUGACUUCCAAAUGUGGCAAAGUGACUCGAGCAUUUCUUUACAGGAAAAACGGCUGAAACGCUCAUUAAGAACGAUUCUUUGAAACACUGGACUGAGUGUGAAUUAAUAAAUGCUAUUUCUUUAAAAAUAAAA